AUGUCGGCGUCUCCCUCCAUUUUAUCCGUUUUGUCGGAAGAUCUUCUGGUUCGGGUCUACGGUUUUCUUGACCCACCGUGUCGGAAAACGUGGCGUCUCAUCAGCAGAGAUUUCUUCCGAGUCGACUCGCUGAGUCGGACCUCGAUCCGUGUCCUCCGGGUCGAGUUCCUCCCCGCUCUUCUCCUCAAGUACCCCAAUCUCUAUUCCCUCGACCUCUCCGUCUGCCCCAAACUCGACGACGACGUCGUUUUGCGUCUGGCACUCGACGGCGCCGUUUCGACGACGCGCCUGAGGUCACUGAACCUGAGCCGAGCCUCCGCGGUCCGAGCCAGGGGACUUGAGACGCUCGCGCGUAUAUGCCACGCUCUCGAACGCGUCGACGUGUCUCAUUGCUUUGGGUUCGGCGACAGGGAGGCGGCGGCGCUUUCUGCUGCGGCGGGGCUGAGGGAGCUGAAGAUGGACAAGUGCUUGAGCCUAAGCGACGUCGGAUUGGCGAGGAUCGUUCUCGGAUGUAGUAAACUUAACAAGAUUAGCUUGAAAUGGUGUAUGGAGAUCUCCGAUCUUGGGAUCGAUCUUCUCUGUAAGAAAUGCAAGGAUUUGAAUUCUCUCGAUGUCUCAUAUCUUAAGAUCACGAAUGAUUCGAUCAGCUCAAUAUCUAUGCUGCCAAAGCUGGAGGUUUUAGAUAUGGUGUCUUGCCCUUUGAUAGAUGAUGCUGGGUUACAGUUUCUAGAGAAUGGUUCUCCUUCAUUACAGGCGAUCGAUGUCACAAGGUGUGAUCGUGUGAGUUUGUCCAGCUUGAUCUCCAUUGUCAGAGGCCAUCCUAAUAUUCAACACCUUAAAGCCAGUCAUUGUGUAUCCGAAGUCUCUGCGAGCUUCUUACAUCACAUCAAAGCGUUGAAGCAUCUCAAGACUAUAUGUAUCGAUGGAGCUCGUGUCUCUGAUUCGUCUCUUGAAACCUUAAGCUCAAGCUGUAGAUCCUUAACAGAAAUUGGAAUGAGCAGGUGUGUUGGUGUGACAGAUAUUGGGAUGAUGGGACUUGCAAGCAACUGCUUAAACCUGAAUACCCUAAAUCUGGCGUGCUGCGGAUUCGUGACGGAUGUAGCCAUCUCUGCUGUAGCUAAGUCUUGCCGGAAUCUGGGGACUUUGAAGUUAGAGUCUUGUCAUAUGAUAACCGAAAAAGGUCUUCAACCGCUUGGAUCUUACUCCAAGUUUCUUCAAGAACUCGAUCUUACAGACUGUUAUGGAGUAAAUGACAGAGGGCUAGAAUAUAUCUCAAAAUGUUCAAAUCUUCUAAGAUUGAAACUUGGGCUCUGCUCAAAUGUCUCAGACAAAGGGAUAUUUCAUAUCGGUUCCAAAUGUUCAAAGCUUCUAGAACUUGAUCUAUACCGCUGUGCUGGUUUUGGAGAUGACGGUUUAGCAGCUUUAUCCCGAGGUUGCAAGAGCUUGAACCGACUCAUUUUAUCGUACUGUAGCGAGCUAACUGACACCGGGAUUGAGCAAAUCCGCCAGAUAGAACACCUAAGUCACCUUGAACUCCGAGGAYUAAAGAAGAUAACCGGUGCUGGUUUAUCUGCAAUUGCUUGUGGGUGCAAGAAAUUGGCUUACUUGGACCUCAAACUCUGUGAGAACAUCGAUGAUUCGGGUUUUUGGGCGCUUGCUUACUUUUCUAGAAACCUAAGACAGAUAAACUUAUGCAAUUGCUCAGUCUCGGAUACGGCUCUAUGCAUGUUGAUGAGCAAUCUGAGCCGGGUUCAAGAUGUUGACUUAGUCCACCUGAACCGUGUGACCGUGGAAGGGUUUGAGUUUGCUCUACGAGCGUGUUGCAACCGGCUGAAGAAGCUUAAGCUUCUCGCACCUCUCAGAUUCUUGCUUUCAUCGGAAUUGCUCGAGACCCUUCAUGCUCGUGGUUGCCGCAUCAGAUGGGACUGA